AUGGACAAAUCGUGGUACAUAGACGAAUGCAACCGACAGUUAAAUGACGCUAAAUUCUACAGACAACUGGACGGGGACAUUACUGAUACUAUUCAACAGCGUGUUACGGUCUACAUUGAACGUAUGUUUAACGACGGUUACAUUGACGAAAAGACGUUAAAGUACCUAGUACAAACAAACGUGGAACCAGGACGUUUUUACAUACUACCUAAAAUACAUAAAACUGGAAAUCCUGGACGCCCCAUAGUUUCAUCUAACAGCCACCCUACUGAACGCAUCUCACAAUUUGUUGACUACUACAUUAACCCUCUCGUCUCUACAUUGGAUUCACACAUUAAAGACACUACUGACUUCCUUUAUAAACUUUCUAACCUCGGUAACCUACCUAACAACGCUAUUCUUGUAACUCUUGAUGUGUCAUCGCUCUACACCAACAUUCCACACAAUCAAGGAAUUGACGCAUGCCGUCAUUUUCUUGAUACCCGCCCUAACAAACACAUCCCCACAGAGACACUAUGUGAUCUCCUACGCAUGAUUCUUACCAUGAAUAAUUUCACAUUUAACCAACAGCAUUAUCUUCAAAUCCAUGGUACUGCUAUGGGUACUAAAAUGGCUCCUUCUUUUGCUAACCUUUUUCUUGGUAUGUUCGAAACCAACGCUCUCACUAACGCCCCUUGGCAGCCUCACACAUGGUGGAGAUAUAUCGAUGAUAUUUUCAUGAUCUGGACAGAAGGUUCAGAUCGUUUGAAAAUAUUCGUCGAUUAUCUCAACAACAUUCAUCCCACUAUUAAGUUCACUAGCUUUCACUCACUUACUAACGUUCCUUUUCUCGACGUCAUGGUUUCUCUACAUAACGGUAUAAUUGAAACUGAUCUAUUUACUAAACCCACGGAUAAACAUCAGCACCUUCUCAGCUCAUCAUGCCAUCCUCACCACACUAAGAAAGCCAUUCCGUUCAGCUUAGCCCUCCGCCUCCGCCCCAUCUGCUCUACAGACGCUAAGUUUUAACAUCGCAUUAAUGAACUUAAAACAUAUCUCCUUGCUCGUGGUUAUAAUAAUAAUUUCCUAGAAAAACAGUUCCUACGCGCUGCUAAUAUUUCUCGUACUAACGCGUUACAGACUAAACCCAAAGCUUCUAACGAUGUUGUACCAUUUGUUGUCACAUAUAACCCAGCACUUCCACGCAUUUCUAAUAUCCUGCGCAAACAUUUCAACAUCUUACACUCCUCUAACCGUUGCAAAGGCGUCUUUAAGCAACCGCCUUUUGUUGCUUACAGACGUAGCUCUAAUCUUCGUGACCUUUUAGUUAAAGCACAACUACCCGUUAUCUCCCCCAAUCAUUUUCCGCCGGGCUCCUUCCGCUGUGGACAGAAUUGUGCCACUUGUCCAUACAUUACUAACGGCCUAACAAGUUAUACCUUUUACGCUACAGGUGAAACACGCUCCAUCACUUCACACCUUACUUGUGACACUAAAAAUGUUAUCUACAUGGUUCAAUGUAACCGUUGUAAUUUACAAUAUAUAGGUGAAACUAAGCGACGUCUCAAGGACAGAUUUAACGAACACAGACGUUCAGUCGACAAAACUAACAUUAAAUCUAAACCCACUACUGUUUCUGAACACUUUCUCUCUCACUCUAACCAUUCUCAUACCGACAUGCAGUUAAUCUCACUAGAAAAAAUUCAUUCUUGA